AUGCCUCAUCCCGCACUUUGGCCUGUGCGAGAGGCGCAUCGAGAAACUCCAGAGCUGCCCACGAGCUCUCACAUUCAGAAUCUGAUACCUCCGCAGGCCUCGCCACAAAGCCAUACGCCCCGCCUACCCUCGACCAUAGACGAGACGCCUGAUUUCUCGGCCGGCAGUCCGCUUAAGUUCCAAGUCCUAUCCCCUCAGUCACUUGCAGCCGCUCCCGAUCAAACUGCACCCUACGAGCGCGAUGAACACAGCACACGACGCGCCUUAGCGAACCCUCUCUACAACGCGCCGCGGCUGAAGCCCUCCAGUACGGCGCCCACGAUGCCGAGCGUCAUGGUGGACGAGGCCUCCAGCCAGCUGCGGCUGUACCGCUCGUUCGCUGGCUUCGAUGCCGGUGGAGACACACAGCCAAUGGACUCGCAGAUCUACAAGCAGUACACCAGCACGCGUAUAUCACGCGACGAGGAUGAUUGGGAGGUCUCACAACCAACUGGACAGGACGUCACACUGCACACGGGCGAUGCUGGAUACGUGAAUCUGGUCGAGGAGUGGGAAAAGAACCGCGCUCAUGAAGAGGUGGAGGAGUCGCUGUCCUCGGACAGCAUCGAUGAGCUCAGUCCCUCAACGCAGGAUCGUGUGCGCUCUGCGACAAGUCCAAAGUUCCGCAAGCCGGAGACGCCUACAAGAUCCAGCAGGAAGCGAAACCAUCAGGGCGAAGUUCUUAGCUCAGUAACGAGAACGCCUGGGUCAGCUUUGACGGCCUUCUUCGCCAACGCCAACGUAAACGGAGCCGGAGCGGCGGCGAUGUCUUUGAGCCAGGCAUUCAAUCCCACCCAGGCGCCUUCGUCUCCACUGCCUAACGCGCCCACCUCGGACCCUGUCUUUCAGCGACCUUCGCCGAAUUUCUUCGCUAUCGCCCGUUCGUCUCCUUCGGCCGUGCAGUCUUCGCCUACGAAGGCGAUGCGGAGUGAAGUCUCACGUGCCUACACCGAGCCUGCUUCUAUGUCGUCACCGAUGAAGCAGACGAGAAGCGACGUACCGCGAUUCAUGACGGAGCCUAGGGAUACGUACACAACUAUGAAGGAAUCACAGGAGCGACGGGAGGCACAAAGGAGAAAGGAAGAGGAGGAACUGCUCAGGCUACGCUCAGAGGAAGAAGAUGAUGACUUCGGUGAUGAGCCGACGGCAGCAGAGCAGCUGGUCGCGCGGCAGAGAGCACGAGAAGCGCUUGUAGCGAAGACGUCCGUCGAAUUCGCGAAGCUCUCUGCGCCACCAAGAGGCAAGCAGGACAUGCGGAAGAAGGUCCUCCUCUCGAGCGGUGGCGCCUACGUCACGCCAGCUCGCUCAGGACGAAGGAGAAACGAGGUCAUCGAGAUAUCUCCUGACACUCUAAGGGAGGAGGGGCUCUCAGAUGCCGGCUCAGCGGAUGAGCUUACAAUCUCACCUAAAACAGUCGGUAAGGCUGCAGAUAUGCGCAACCGAGACCUGCAGAUACCCAUGACUUCGUCGCGCCGGCAAAUGAGUCUACCGGACACGCAGUCGCCCUCUCUACGGGGCAGUAGUGAGGCUCGGGAGCGAUUAGCGGAUCAGGACAACCACAACAGUAGCCCGCGACACGCUCUGGUCGACGCUUCACCUCUUGAAAACGUGCCCCAGCCGAACGCGAGUGGUACGGCAGGCACACAGACGGUAGCCGUGGCGGAUUCGCAGCCGGAAAUUAUCGACGCACAAGAAUGUCCAGUACCACCUUCCGCUAUUGAUUCAAUAGCUCUCGAUGCUAAGGGCCGAAUCCUUCAAUCUCAGCUCGCCUCUUUGACGGACACCGCGAGAGCUGAGAUCAACGCUGCGUUGUUAGGCGGUGCCGAUUCCUCCUCCUUACCGCGACCACCCGUCAGCUCAGAUCAGCUGCUGAAAGGCGCCGCAGAUGAGCGUAUGCCGAGUAGUCCUCCAUUGCUACCUCAGACUGCAGAGGUUGAGGAGGAUGAGGGUAUGGAAGUGUCAGACGACGAGGUCAAUCUCGUUGGAUAUCAAGGCCGGCAACAGGGAAAGGGAUUGCAAAAGCUGUCCGUGAGCGCCAGCGCGACAGACGAUGGCAGCCCUGUUCAAACAUCUACAUCCGCGGUCACCAAGCUGCAAGUGAACGAUCGCAGCAAUUCCGUGGCACAAACCACGAUCCCGGAAACCGAUCCGGCAGAGGAACUUGACUCUCCUGCGCCGGAGGCAUCACCGCACGGUAGCAGAACGGCGACAGCGACGUCUUCGGCCGCGGUGGGAUCGGAGCACCUCCUGCCGCACACUUUGAAUACCAACAGCACGACUCUAUUCGAAACAGCUCGUUCACACUUGACAGCUUCGCCAACCAAGACGCACAGUACUAGAGCCAGUCAGAGCACGCCAAAGCCGCACGGCAUCCGCCGCUUCGCAGACCUGGCUCGGGAUCCUACGCCAGAGGAACCUACGGAUGUUGAUCUGGAUGUGAAUCUGAUCACGGCUGAGGAUAAAGAGUUCGAGGCGAUAAUGUCAGGCUCUUCACCCGUCCACCAUGGACGCAAGCGGAGAAAAGUGUACAGCACUCGCACCUUGAGGCAACCAACCCUAGCUAGGCCAGUGCCUCCCUCGGAACCACCAUCGAGCAAGCCGGAAGCGGCCCCUAGUCCUUCCGAAACGCCGUACUCUCCCUCGAAUACGCAAAAGCGCGAAACUCAAGGUGCAGCUGCCGCCGUCCACGCUAGGGGAGCUGCAGUUCUCCGCACGCCGGCUAUCCUGAAGCCCGGAAGGCUGUCGCGACCGCUACGGAAGACAGGCAAUGAGCAAAGCCCUGCCCUGAAGGCGACGGCGGGUGCUGUUGCCCGUGCGAAGCGUGUCUUUGGGGCCACAACUGAGAUCGCGGAGACACCCCAGUCAAAGUUAAGUGAGGCGUCGUCUGCGCAUACUGGCUUAGGAGCUCACCUGCAAGGGCGCAUCGAACUACCUCCGCUGCAGACUGACGCUGGCGCUGAGCAUGGCAACGCGCAGGGCCGCUCCAACGACGCCAACGCCUUGGAUGGCAACACUGGAGACAUCAUCGUCCCUAAUCGUGUCCUCGCUUUGUUCAAAGGUGGCAACAUGUCUUUCUAUCCCGCAACCUGCGUGGGUAUAUCGCACGCCAAUGGACUCCGCUUCAAAGUCAGGUUUGACGACGGUACAGUCGUUGACCUGGAACCGAAAGGCGUGCGGAGCCUCGACCUGCAGAUUGGCGACCUCGUCAAAGUGGACCUAGGCAAAAUGCGCCAGAAAAGUUACAUCGUUCAAGGCUUCAAGGAUCAGAUUGCUGCUCCAGACAGCGAGGGCUUUCCGCUGACCGAUCAGCACGGGCAUAAAACACUCAUUCUGGCCGCCAAGGGGCGCGACAGCCUUGCAGGUGGAAACGCGCCAACUGCUGACGAGACUGUUGAGGUACCUGUAACCAACAUCUAUCUGACACAAUCGAUGUGGAACCGGUUCCAGAGUCGCAUCUACAACCACACUCCCGCAGUUCCUAUCCUCAGCAGCCACCUACAAACCCCGACCACCGAACCAUCCAUCCCAGGCACGCCAACCUCUCGUUCGCGCCGGCAGACAAUGACAAUGCUCAACCCCCCGAUGCUUCGCGCCGCCUCAGACGCAUCCCUCGGUACAACAAUGACGACUAGCUGCCUCUUCGCCGGCAUGGCCUUCGCCGUCUCCUUCACCGCAAAAGACCCAACCAAGCGCGACUCCACCAAGCACGCCGCGCCUUCCCCCCGCGACGCAACCAUCGCCCUAAUAGCCUCCCACGGCGGCCUCCUCCUCGAGCCAGGCUUCGACGUCCUCUUCGAGAUCGGCGGCGCCUUACUCACGCCCGCGAAGCCGCGCACUCCCCUCGAGUCUCCAGACAAGACGAAGCAAGCCGGCCCCGCCGAUGCCGCCGAAGCAUUCCGCCUCACCCCGCAAGCAGCAACGCUGGGCUUCGUGGCCCUGAUCGCAGACGCCCACUCCCGCCGCGCAAAAUACAUGCAGGCCCUCGCGCUCGGCCUCCCCUGUCUGCACCACCGCUGGCUCCUCGACUGCGUCGCCGCCUCUGCUGUUCUUCCCUGGGCCGCGUAUCUGCUUCCUGCCGGCUCGUCGAACUUUUUGGCUGGGGCUGUGAGGUCGCGUGUCUUGGCGCCCUACCCGGCGCAAGAGGCGAGGUUUCGGGAGGUGGUGGCGAGGAGGGAGAGGCUGUUGGGCGGUAGGAGUGUGGUGCUUGUUAUGGGGAAGGGGCGCCAGGAGGAGAGGAGGAGGGCGUAUCUGUUUUUGACGUAUGCCUUGGGCGCGAGGCGGAUUUGCAAGGUUAGGGAUUUGGAGGGCGCGAGGGAGGCGCUGGAUCACGGGGAGGGGGAGUGGGAUUGGGUGUAUGUCGAGGGGGUUGAGGAGGCGAGGAAGGUGUUGGGGGGUGCUCCGCCGGCGGCAGCGGGUAAGAAGAGGAAGAGAGGAGUAGAGGUCGAGGAAGAAGAGAGGAAGAGCAGGAAUGCAGUGAAGAUUGUGGGCGAUGAAUUUGUGAUUCAGAGCUUGAUCUUGGGCGAACUGUCGGAGGAGUAG